UGGGCACUGGUGGGUGGCACUGGUGGGCACAGGUGGGCGGCACAGGUGGGCACUGGUGGGUGCAUUUCUGGGCACAGGUGGGCGCACUGUUGGGCACAGGUGGGUGCAUUGCUGGGCACAGGUGGGCGCAUUGCUGGGCACAGGUGGGCGCAUUGCUGGGCACAAGUGGGCGGAACUUGUGUGUGGCACAGGUGGGCACCGAUCAUCAGGGCACUGAUGAUCAGUGACCCUGAUGAUCGGUGCCGAUCCCUGUUCUGACAACUGCCGGUUUUCGGCAGUACUUUCCUCACGAUCUGACAGCGUGAGGAAAGUGCAGCCGAGAACUGGCAUUUGCAU